UCCUCGCCGUAAACAUAACUAGUCACAACAGUGCGGCCCAGAGCGGAAGCAGCCAAUCAGUCGAUCAGCAAGCAGUUAACAAGUUGAUCAGUUAACCAGUUAACCAGUUGAGAGCGAACCGGAGCUCUUUAACAGGAGCAAGUUUUCUCAACAAAACGAACGAAAAGGCCAAUGCGGGCAAAGUGAACGUGCGACUUGUUUGGCGGUCUUUCAUUUUUUAUUAAUAACAUUCUUCUUGUUGUUGGUAUUAUAACAUUAAACAACAACAACAAAUUCAUUGUCAACGCUGCCCUCGCAUUCCAAGCCAAAAUGACGCGCAUGCCAAUGAACGCAGUCACAGCGACGCCUCUGCUCCUAAUGCUGCUGCUGACGACGAUGCCGACGCAAAUCUUUGGCAGAGCUGCCGGAAUAACGAGUGUCACAGAGACAACUCCAUCGGAUGAGGAGACAACAUAUGCAGGCGAUUUAGAAACAAAUACAGUUACCAUCGAAGUGGACUCGGAGGUUAUUCUAACCACCGAGGAGGGCAUACAGAUGUUCACCCACAUGCCGGAGAAUGGACAAGCAACCACGGAGGAACCAUUGCCGGAAUCGGUGAGACAGCAGUUGGAGCAGGAGCGGGCCGAGCAGGAACUGCGCAAUCCAACUACAGAAACGACAACAACACCACUUUCAAAUAUUGCAGAAAAAUUGGUAGCAAGCAAUUUGACCACAACAACAACAGAACAAACAUCAGCAGCAAACACAGAGCGAUCAGCAGAAUUGGCACAAUAUCGCGACUAUCUGCAGAUGCAGGAAGAUUUACUUAUGGAAACGGAGAAACUUGCUGCCUACAUAGAAACAGCAACAAUUUUGCCAGAUAUAGCAAAGCCCAUCAACAAUCUGGAAGCCCAUUUCAACACAGAAGACACAGCUAUGAUUGCCGAGUCAGCCAAAUCGAUCGAUGGUGAUGAUGAAACCACCCAGACAGAAUCUCAGCAACUGGAUUCCAGCACCAACGAACCGAUUCUGUUUGAAUCGUUCUCAACGGCAACCGAUUCAAACCUCCUGAUGGAAACCACAAUGAUGCCAAACAAUGAUACGAACGAUUUUAAGACAUCUCCUGUAACCGAGUCAGACUCAGAGCUUGUCACAAACAGACCCACUGAAAGCGACUACGACCCCAUUCAAAAGUCACUGUUGCAUUUCCUUGGCGUGAUGAGUUCGAAUGCGGUUGCCGAAAUGCCCAAAAUGGAGCCAGAAGCUCAAUUUAGCAACAACGAAGAGGCCAAGCUAGAGUUUACAACUGACAGUGCUCUACCAGAAAGUAGCACUACAGAGGCAAUGCCUGAAACAACAGUAUACAUCGCACCACCAGAGAGUAGCACCAUCCAUAUUACUGAAACGGUGCCUGAAACAACAAUUGCCCCACCCAGAGAACAGUCCAUGUUGGCAACCAUUUUGCUGACAACUGCAAGAGCUUCUGAAACCAUGACGACACCAUCAACCAUCAGCAGUAGCACCACCACAGAGUCAGUUCUGAUUCCAACAACUAGUACCACUACUUCAGAGUCAGUUCCGAUUCCAACCAUCAGUAGCACCAUUUCAGAAUCAGGUCCAAUACCAGCCACCAGUAGCGCUACUACAGAAUCAGUUCUGAUUUCAACCACCAGUAGCACCACUACAGAGUCAGUUCCAAUACCAACCACCAGUAGCACCACUACAGAGUCAGUUCUGAUUCCAACCGUCAGCAGCACCACUACAGAGGUAGUUCCGAUUGCAACUGCCAGUUGGACUACUACGGAGUCAGUUCCGAUUCCAACCAUCAGCAGCAUUACUACAGAGUUAGUUCCGAUUCCAAUCACCAGUAGCAUCACAUUAGAGUCAGUUGCAAUACCAACCACCAGUAGCACAACUACAGAAUCAGUUCCGAUUCCAACAACCAGUAGCACAACUACAGAAUCAGUUCCGAUUCCAACCACCAGUAGCACCACUACAGAGUCAGUUUUGAUUCCAACUGCCAGUAGCACCACUACAGAGUCAGUUUUGAUUCCAACUACCAGUUGGACCACCACAGAGUCAACUCCGAUUCCCACCACCGAAGUGAGACCACAGCCAACGCGUGCCCCACGCAUCGAGCGCAUCUUAAAUACGGAUGGUGUUGAGGUGCUCUAUGGUUACUCAUCGGUGGUGCGCACGAAUCGAUCUUAAAGUCGCACCACACGCAAAUUACCAAAUAUAACCUUGUCAAGGUCAACUUGCCAUACAACGCAACAUUGUCGUGGAUUUUCCAAAUUCUAAACGAGUUAAAUAUUAAAAUAUGUAUAUUGUGAUAAACGAAAAGAAGAGAGAAAAAAAAAAAAAGCGGACACACAAAAUGAUACACAAAUCAUCUUGCACGAAUUAUUGUGUUGCUAUAGAAACGAUUUUAUAAAUUAUAAAUAAAGCUUGUAUUACAAUAA